AUGCAGCUUUCCCUUGUUUUCACCACACUCGUCUCCUUUGCUGCUCUUGCUGCAGCUUAUCCUGCACUAGGGGUUGCCGGGGCGGCACGUGCUUCUUUGGACGAACGAGAAGUCGCCUGCAGCCCCUAUGGUGGCGGGAGGCGUUACGAACGAGAAGUUGACUGCGGCCCCUACGGUGGCGGCCGGGAGGCGUUAUCAUCUGGGGUGGUCAAGGUGUUAGAAGCGAUGCUGGUACUUAUAGUACCUCAGCAAAGUCCGUUGGGCGCUAGCCAGCUGCCGGCCACAUCACCUGACAUCACGGGCACGACUCAUUCAAAAAUGCCCACUAGAAAAGCAACCGUUAACAAGACUGGCUGGUGUUCCUUCAAGUGGGCGGGGUGGAUCAGGCUGCGGUGUUUUGAGUGUACUUCCCGCGUAACUACUGAUGAGAUCAAGGUGGAUAGAUAUCGGUUCAAACGGGAUAGAUUCUCGAAAUUAUGGAGAGCAGCUGUCUUCACUUCAUGUAUAGCGUUAGUGUUUUAUGCCAUCAUCGUAUUAUUCGGUGCUUCUUCUGCAAGGUAA